UUCUUUAGUAUUUCUUUCUGCCCCGUGUCAACUCCUUCAUCUCCGUAAUGGCUGAUGCUGCUCCCGCUGAGGCAUCCGGUUCCGCUUUUUCGGCUGACCAGAUCGAGGACUUCAAAGAGGCCUUUGGGCUCUUCGACAGAGUCGGUGACAGCAUGAUUGGAUACAACCAGGUGGCUGAUGUCAUGCGCGCCCUGGGACAGAACCCCCAGAACAAGGAGGUUGCAGCGAUCCUGGGAAAACCAUCCCCCGAUGAUAUGGCCAACAAGAGGCUGGCCUUCGCCGAUUUCAUGCCCAUGAUGGAAAAAGUCGAUAAAAUAGUGAAGGGUACACUUGAUGACUACGUUGAGGGUCUCCGCGUCUUCGACAAGGAGGGCAACGGCACCGUGUCUGGGGCUGAGCUGCGCAUCGUGCUGGGCACACUGGGUGAGAAGAUGUCAGAGGCCGAGAUUGAUUCCCUCCUUAUAGGUCAGGAGGACGAGAACGGCAGCAUCAACUAUGAGGCAUUCGUCAAGCACGUCCUGUCUGUGUAAGAUAGUGCUGCAGCAACCAAAGCUUAUCCAUCUCCCAGACCCCAUGGUGUCAGGACUGUUUUUCUAAAGACCAACCUAGGAAAGAAAAGGACUAUAAUGGGAUGUCGAAAAGCCAUUCUGUGUUUGUUCUGUUUUCGUCCGUCCCCUUUUCAACUCAUCACUACUCCUCUCUACGGAAGUGACCUCUCCGCUGUCAGAUGACGAGCCUCGCCUCCACCUGGGGCAUGUUUCUCCUCUUGGGGUGGGACGGUGACCACUCAUCAAGUAGGGGAUUGUACCCUCUGCCCCGCCCACCUCAUGUCAUCAUCUUGCCGGCAAUGCUGGCUGGAAAAGAUUGUGGAUCGGCCGCCAAGCCCCUCCCCCAUCAGUUAUAUUUAUUUUCACUCUGUCGUUUCAGAAUAAACUUUUCCAAAA